CAUCAAAACAAAAACAAAAUUCGUGUAGCUCUGCAACUCCAGACUCCACUAUAUCAUUCCAGUUUCAUCUGCAUCGUCGUCAUCAUCAUCAACAUCCAUCACAUAUCAAUUCAUGCUUUCAAAUCCAGAAUCAUCCUCUAUUCUAUUGAACAUCCUCAUCGAUUCAACGUUCACACCUAUUCGGAUAAGCUUUUCGCCUCAUCAGUUCACAAUUACGAGAUUUCUAUCCGUCAUCUUCGAACGAACGUAGACGCGACAUGACUUCUAGCUUUGGUGAAGAGGGCCCCGCUAUUGUGCAAUUGCACAAAUGGGAACCUUCUUGUUUGCAAUUGAACUUGACACAGUUCCGUGAAGCUUUCCUUUCCCCAACCAGAGAACUUAUAUUGUUACUUUCAUAUCACCAUGAAGCUCUACUUCUUCCUCUAGUCAAAGCAGGUGUAAGGGUGGAUGAUCAUCACAUCAAUUUCGAUCCUGUAGAUACAAAUUCACUUGUAGGAUCUAAUAGCUAUCCUAUGCUUUCUGAUAUAAAUUCACUUGCUUGGGGUAUAUGUGAGGAUUCAAAUAAUGAUCACGAGGGGGCUUCAUUUAGAGAACUUUUAUUUGUGGUUGGAGACCAUGGGUUGACCGUCCAUGCAUUUUGUCAACCGAGUCAAUGCUAUGAGUCUGUUGAACCUACGCCAGAUCGUCAGGAUGACGAAGGGAUAUGGGUCGAGUGGGGUCCAUCUACCUCAAGAGAUGCAAUGCAUCUAGAUAAGGAUGAUGAUAAUGUUGAAAAUGGUGAACCAAGAAAGUGGUUGAAAACGUUCCUUACAAAGGUCAAAACAGUCAAAACUGAAGGUAAACUUUAUAGCAGAUUUCCCGACAAGUCACAGUUCCCAUCCUCAACUAAAGUUGUUUCCUUUAACAUUUUUGAAAAUGAUUCUACACUUCUGAGGUUCAUAUUAAACAAGAAUACUGAAUUAGAUCCUGAGGGGGAUGAAAAUGAAAUAAACAUUUCAUACAAAUGUUGUAGAGUGUUUGUUAACAAUUCACAUGACCUAAUUGGGUUUGUUUUAACAUGUGCUGAUGAAUCCGAUAGAAAGCAGAGAAAAAACGUACUUGUUGGUAAGAUAGUCAGCUGGGGCAUACAGUGGAUCACCUCAGUGAAGCUUGAUGAGGAUGUAUAUACGGUUCCCGUUGAUCAAUGGACAGACUUCAAAUUUUUAGAUAAAUAUCUUAUAUGCCUUAAUUCUACCGGCCAAAUACAUUUUUUCGGUGAUAUAACUGGUGAAUACAUGGGAUGUGUUAAUCUUUUAGAAAAGUUGUCUUAUCAAAACAAUGAUAUUGUUGGUAAAAGUGUGUUUAGGACACUUCUUGUUGCUUCGCGUACCUCAUUGUUGGCUGCAGUUGAUGAUUACGGUAUAGUUUACGUAACGCGUGCGAGUGAUCUUCUUUCAGAAAUAAAUAACACAGUUGAAAAACCACUGCCACAAUUUCAACAACUGAAGUACAGGACAUUGGUUGGCUGGGAGGUUGGUGGUGCUGACAUCAGCCACCAAAGGCUAUACGAUAAUCUUUCUCCGAAUAUAAAAUUUGUAACGGAAAGAAGUCUUUCUAAGGAUGAAAUUGAAGAUAAUGAGUCGGUUAUUACCGGUUUCUCUGCUGCUUCACAGAUAGUGGGACAUAGGACCACCGACAGUACCUUACGAAGUAUAUUUCUUCCUCCAGAUAAAUAUAGCAAAGAUGAUGCUAUAUGUCUUUCUCCAUUUGGAAUCACCCGUCUUCGUAGAAAUAGAAUUAUUCAUUUCAACUUGCAUUUAAACUCAGCUGUGAAUGAUGAUACGGGAUCAAAUAUAGGUCGGGAAGUAACUAUCGCUGAUGCGGUUGGUUGCGUGUUUCAUGGAUGUUUUUAUUUGGUGACAGCAGAUUCUCUUUCAGUAGUUCUCCCUUCAAUCGCUGUAGCUUCUGGUUGUAUUCCUGUUGAAGCCAUUGGAUUCCGCCAGAAUAAUUGCCGCUUAACGGAUCAAAGUGUAAAUCUUAUUGAAAUAAAAGGAUUGAAGCAGCCCUGGCCAACUUGGAAAUUGGAGGUUUUAGAUAGAGUCCUUUUAUAUGAAGGUCAUGAAGAGGCAGAUCAUUUAUGCUCGGAAAAUGGAUGGGACCUGAAGGUUUCUCGGAUUCGUCGCUUGCAACUUGCAUUAGAUUACUUGAACUUUCAGGAAAUCGAGAUAUCAUUAGAGCUGCUCGCUGGUGUGAGCUUAGCAGAAGAAGGCAUUCUGAGAUUGGUCUUUGCUGCCGUUUAUUUAAUGUUGAACAAAGGUGGAAAUGAUAAUGAUGUAUCUUCUGCAUCAAGGCUUUUGUCUUUGGGCACCCGUUUUUCUACCAAAAUGAUACGUAGCUAUGGAUCAUUGCAGCAUAUGCAAAAUGAGGUUAUGUCAACAAGUAUUUCAGGAAUGAAAGAUUCUUCUCAUCCGUUGCUUUUAGCAGAUAAAGAACACAAUGAAACUGAAAAUUUGAGAAGGCUUCAGGAAAUGGCUCACUUGUUGGAGAUUAUAAGAAACAUGCAAUGUCGUCUUGCUACCAAAUUUAAAAAAUCUGUUACACGAUUGGGGGAUGGUUUAAAGCCACUGGAAUUUGUGGAUUCAGAACUAUCACAAGACGAUCCAAAUGUCUCAUCAAUUGAAACAAACGAGCAGGAAAGGCAUGCUUUGAAAUCGAUGGAAUCACUUGACUCUAGAUCAUAUUCAGAUCUGGAGAGCUUAGGGGGGGCAUCUAUUUCUCAAAUAGAAACAAGUCUUCUUGGAAGGAGAGGCAUUUCAUUUGAAAAUCCUAAGGAUAUGAUUAGACGUUGGGAUGUAGAUAAUUUGGAUCAAAAAGAAGUCGUGAAAGACGCGUUACUUUCUGGUCGUCUUCCAUUAGCGGUCCUUAAAUUGCAUCUUCAUAAUCAAAAAGGAAGGGAUGACAACCAAGAGCUUCAUGAUACCUUUGAGAAAGUUCGUGAUAUUGGAAGGGCUAUUGCUUAUGAUCUGUUUCUUAAGGGUGAAAUCGAACUUGGUGUGACGACACUUCAAAAGCUUGGAGAGGACCUGGAAAGUUGUCUGAGGCAAUUGGUUUUUGGCACUGUAAGGAGAUCUCUCAGAAAGCAAAUAACCGAAGUGAUGAAAAUUCAUGGGUAUCUUGGACCAUACGAGUCAAAGAUAUUGGAAGGGAUAUCAUUUAUUGAGAGGGUGUACCCUUGCAGUAGCUUUUCCGGAACAUUCCGUGCCAGACAGAAGGAGUUGAUGGCAGUUUGUGAUGUUAAUUCACCAGAAGAAAUCAAGCUUUCUUUGUUGCAUUCACUAUCCGAUAAACUUACGAUUGAGUGUGGUGAACUUGAUGGGGUUGUGCUAGGUUUAUGGAGACAUGUCAGCAAAUAUCCAGAUGUUUCCGUUAUUGAUGAUGAUGAUGACACCCAUGAUUCUUACUGGGCUGCAGCUGCCGUAUGGUCUGAUGCUUGGGAUCAGAGAAUUAUUGAUCGUAUAGUGCUAGACCGACUUUCGGUUAUGGAUCUCAAUGUAUCAUGGGAGUCACAAUUUGAGUACCACAUAUCCCACAGUAAAUGGGAGGAAGCUUCCAGACUCAUAGAUAUCAUUCCGUCAUAUUCAUCAUCACACGGAAAUCUUCGAAUCAGUUUGGAUGGUAUACCAAGCACUUCCGCUGGAAUCAAAAGUGAGUUUGGUGAUUACGGAAACUACAUAUAUUCUAUACAAGAUUUGGAUGCUGUGUACACGGAUGUCCCAGAUAUUAAGAUACUAAGAUUCCCAUCCAUUAAUACAUCCUCCAUAUGGUUGAAAUCACUUGUGGAAUCUCAACUCGCAAAGAAAUUCAUAUUUCUCAAAGAAUUCUGGGAGGGUACUGAGGAAUUAGUAUGUCUUCUAGCGCGGUCAGGCUUUGUCACGAACUCCAGUGAUAUAUCUCUUCCUACUGAGAAGUCAACAAACGAGUCAACCGAGCUGUAUUUAAUAAACGUUGAUGAUGUCAUCAGUGAUGCUUCUUUUCAGGGUCUGCAUAAGCUUUUUCUGCACCAUUGUAUUCAACUUAACUUGCCAUACCUACUCGAUCUUUACCUUGAUCACCAUAAGUUGGCUAUAGGUCUUGAUCUUGUUUCUACCCUUCUUGAAGCUGCUGGAGAUUGUCAAUGGGCAAAAUGGUUACUUUUAUCAAGGGUCAAAGGGAGCGAAUACGAGGCAUCAUUCUCAAACGCUCGUGCCGUUGCAUCACACAAUUUCGCUUCUGGAAAUACCCUUGGUGCAGUUGAAAUCGAUGACAUAAUUCAUACAGUUGACGACAUUGCUGAAGGAGCAGGUGAAAUGGCAGCUAUAGCCACAUUAAUGUACGCACCUGUUCCUAUUCAAGAUUGCUUGAGUACUGGUAGUGUGGAUAGGAACCGAAGCUCUUCAGCUCAGUGUACGUUAGAAAAUCUUAGGCCAGCUAUACAACGGUAUCCUACACUAUGGCGCACGUUAGUAGCAGCAUGUUUUGGACAAGAUCCAACUUGCAAUUAUUUAAGUUCCAGAUCAAAAGUCUUUGGAAAUUCUUAUUUAUCCGACUAUCUGAACUGGCGUGACAAUAUCUUUUACUCUGCUGGACUUGAUACUUCACUUGAACAAAUGCUCCCGGGAUGGUUCUCUAAGGCUGUUCGGAGACUUGUUCAACUUUAUGUGCAGGGUCCUCUUGGUUGGCAAUCUGUACCGGGGAUGCCAAUGGAAGAAUCUUUUCUCCUUCGAGACGUUGAUUAUGUAGAUAAUGGUAAUGAGCAAAUUAAGAUUACCACAUUAUCUUGGGAAGCUGCUAUUCAAAGGCAUGUUGAGGAAUUAUACGGUCCUUCAUUAGAGGGAUCUAGACUUGGGCUUGAGCAUCACCUGCAUCGUGGACGUGCCUUGGCAGCUUUUAUGCAUCUUCUAUCUUUAAGAGUUAAAAAGCUAAAAUUGGAAUAUGAAACACGCAGAGUGCCUUCAGAUACAUCAGUAAACGGUCAAUCAAAUAUUCAAUCCGAUGUUCAUACUCUACUUUCUCCAAUAACACCAGAGGAAGAAUCUCUUCUUUCAUCUGUCAUGCCACUUGCAGUCAUGCAUUUUGAAGAUUCAGUGUUAGUGGCAUCCUGUGCUUUUCUUCUAGAGCUAUGUGGAUUGUCUCCUAGUAUGCUUCAAGUGGAUGUUGCUGCCCUGAGGCGAAUAUCUUCUUUCUUUAAAUCUAUCGAUCACACCGAUAAUUCUGUGCAACCUUCAUUUAAGGGCUCUGCGUUUCUCGAAGGUGAUAUCACCGGUUCAAUGGCUCGAGCGUUGGCCGAAUACUAUUUAAAACACUACAACACCGGUGUAAUGAGGGAAAAGGAUAAAGAUAAAGAUAGUAGCACUAACGGUAAACAAGCAAAUCGUGCACUUGUGCUUGUUCUUCAGAAUUUGGAGAAGGCAAGUCUCCCGUCAUUGGUUAGUGGAGAAACAUGUGGAUCUUGGCUAAUGAGCGGAAAUGGUGAUGGAGCGGAUUUGAGGGCACAGCAGAAAGCUGCGAGUCAGCAUUGGAGUUUGGUAACAGAAUUUUGUAAAAUGCAUCAGAUACCCAUGAGUACGAAAUAUUUGGCGGUUUUAGCUAAAGACAACGACUGGGUUGGAUUUCUCUCGGAGGCUCAGGUUGAAGGACAUCCUUUUGACACGGUGAUCCAAGUGGCUUCAAAGGAGUUCAGUGAUCCUUGUCUAAAGGUUCAUAUUACAACAGUUCUCAAAGGCAUGCAAUCAAGGAAAAACUCCCCUUCGUCCUCAAACUUCAAUACCACAAAUAAAAAGAACGAAUCUUCUUUUUUGGAGGAUAACAAUUAUAUUCCAGUUGAACUCUUUGGUAUCAUAGCUGAUUGUGAAAAGCAGAAAAAUCCCGGAGAGACCCUCUUGUUAAAAGCAAAGGAUUUAUGCUGGUCAGUUUUAGCAAUGGUUGCCGCAUGCUUUCCAGAUGUGUCUGCAUUAUGCUGCCUAACAGUUUGGCUUGAGAUAACAGCAGCAAGGGAGAUAACAUCCAUCAAAGUGAAUGAUAUUGCUUCUCAAAUAUCUAGCAACGUUGCAGCAGCUGUGGAUGCUAACAAUUUAUUGCCAGUGACUGCUAGAGCCCAAACACUUCAUUACAACCGCAGGAACCCCAAACGAAGGCGGCUUAUGGAGUCUUGGCCCAAUGAUACAUUAACUUCAAAGGGGUCUGAUGCAUCUACUGCUUCCAGUAACACUAGCAUAUUCAUUGAUCAAGGAAUCAUUUUUGGGGGAGAAAGCAAAGAAACCACUGAUGAGAAUAAGGUUUCAACAGAAUCUGAUAAAGUGUUUAAUUCUUUAUCUAAAAUGGUUGCUGUACUCUGUGAGCAACGUCUGUUUCUUCCUUUGCUGAGAGCGUUUGAAAUGUUCCUUCCAUCUUGUUCACUAUUGCCCUUCAUCCGUGCUCUUCAGGCCUUCUCUCAGAUGCGUCUAACAGAAGCGUCUGCUCAUCUAGGAUCGUUUUCUGCUAGAAUCAAGGAAGAACAUAACAGCAUACAAACUUCAACGAAAGAUGGGCCAAUUGGUGGUUCAUUGGUUUCGGUUGCUGAAAAAGCUUCUGAUGCAAUGCUGAUGACAUGUCCAUCACCUUACGAAAAAAGAUGCUUAUUGCAACUAUUAUCCGCCACCGAUUUUGGUGACGGUGGAUCUUUAAUGUCGCACUACCGGAGGCUGUAUUGGAAAAUCAGUUUAGCAGAGCCUUUGUUACGCAAAGAUGAUGUUUUACUUCUUGGGAAUGAAUCUUUGGAUGAUGCUUCACUUUUAACCGCUCUAGAAACAAAUGGGUACUGGGAACAGGCACGCAAUUGGGCCAAACAGUUGGAGGCUAGUGGUGGACCAUGGAAGUCAGCUACACAUCAUGUGACUGAGACACAGGCUGAAUCAAUGGUGGCUGAGUGGAAAGAGUUUCUUUGGGAUGUACCUGAAGAGAGAGUUGCUUUGUGGGGCCACUGCCAGAUGCUUUUUGUCAGAUAUGCUUUUCCUCCAUUACAGGCUGGAUUAUUUUUCUUGAAACAUGCAGAAGCGGUAGACAAAGAUCUUCCACCAAAAGAACUCCAUGAGUUGUUGCUUCUUUCUCUCCAGUGGCUAAGUGGGAUGAUAACUCAAUCUGCUCCAGUUUAUCCGUCGCAUCUGUUGAGGGAGCUUGAAACUAGAGUAUGGCUCCUGGCGGUAGAAUCAGAAGCUCAGGUUAAGAGUGAAGGGGAGUUAACGUUAAACACUACCAGUAGAGAUGCUGGAUAUGGAAAGGGGUCAAGUAUUGUUGACCAUACUGCAAGUGUCGUAUCAAAAAUGGACACUCAUAUUAACACAAUGAAGACAAAGAACGAUCAUCACAGAAGCCCACAUGUUAUAGAAUCAACAACUUCCACUAGCACAAAGUCAAAACGUAGAGCUAAAGCCGUAGUGUCAUCAAGAAAGCCUUUUGUUGAUGCUGAAAAAGUUUCUGAAUCUGAAGAUAUUUCUGUUCCUAAUAAUCUGGAAGUUGACUCAAAGUCAACAGAAGUAUCUUUUUCGAGGUGGGAAGAAAGCAUUGGGCCUGCUGAGCUGGAGAGGGCUGUUCUUUCUCUGUUGGAGUUUGGACAAAUAUCAGCUGCUAGACAGCUCCAGCAUAAGCUAUCUCCUUCACGUUUUCCGUCUGAAUUCACUCUUGUAGAUGCAGCUUUGAAGCUUGCUGCCAUCUCAACUCCUAGCAAUAAAGUAGCAAUUUCCAUGUUAGAUGAUGAAGUGCGUUCUGUGAUUCAGUCAUACAACCUGCCAACGGACCAUCAAUUUGUUGAUCCCAUGCAGGUAUUGGAGAGUUUAACGACCUUUUUCGUCGAUGGUAGAGGGCGUGGAUUGUGUAAGAGAUUGAUAUCUGUUGUAAAGGCUGCAAACGUAUUGGGUCUCACAUUUUCAGAGGCAUUUGAUAAACAGCCAAUCGAACUGCUACAAUUGCUAUCUCUCAAAGCUCAAGAUUCAUUUGAGGAAGCACAUCUUUUAAUUCAAACUCAUUCCAUGCCAGCUGCUAGUAUUGCUCAGAUUCUCGCAGAAUCUUUUUUAAAGGGCUUAUUAGCAGCACACCGUGGUGGAUAUAUUGAUUCUCAGAAGGAAGAAGGCCCUGCUCCUUUAUUGUGGAGAUUUUCAGAUUUCCUGAAGUGGGCUGAGCUGUGUCCAUCAGAAUCAGAAAUUGGUCACGCAUUGAUGCGUUUAGUGAUUACCGGACAGGAAAUUCCACAUGCCUGUGAGGUUGAGCUUCUUAUUCUCUCACACCACUUCUACAAAUCAUCUGCUUGCCUUGACGGUGUUGAUGUUCUUGUGGCCUUAGCAGCGACCAGAGUAGACGCGUAUGUUUCCGAAGGUGAUUUCCCAUGUUUAGCUCGUUUAAUAACUGGUGUCGGCAAUUUCCAUGCCCUUAAUUUCAUACUCGGGAUCCUUAUCGAAAACGGGCAGCUGGAACUGCUUCUUCAGAAGUACUCAGCCGUCACCGACACCCACACUGGCACCGCUCAGGCUGUCAGAGGAUUCCGUAUGGCUGUUCUUACAUCACUGAAGCAAUUCAACCCAAAUGAUCUUGAUGCAUUUGCCAUGGUGUAUAACCACUUUGAUAUGAAGCACGAAACCGCUUCCCUUCUGGAGUCACGUGCUGAGCAAUCGUAUCACAUGUGGUUCUCUCGUAACAACAAGGAUCAUACCGAAGACCUCCUAGAAUCUAUGAGAUACUUCAUUGAAGCUGCUGAAGUUCAUUCUUCCAUUGAUGCUGGCAACAAAACCCGAGCGGCUUGCGCAAGCGCGUCUCUCGUUUCACUUCAGAUCCGUAUGCCUGACUUCCAGUGGCUCAGUUUAUCCGCCACUAAUGCCCGACGGGCUCUCGUCGAACAAUCCCGUUUUCAAGAAGCUCUAAUUGUUGCUGAAGCGUACGGGCUUAACCAGCCCGGUGAAUGGGCCCUGGUGCUUUGGAAUCAAAUGUUGAAACCCGAGCUUACGGAGCAGUUUGUAGCGGAGUUUGUGGCAGUCCUCCCUCUCCACCCCACCAUGCUUGCGGAAAUCGCGCGGUUUUACAGAGCUGAGGUGGCAGCACGUGGGGACCAGUCGCAGUUCUCUGUUUGGUUGACAGGUGGAGGAUUACCUGCAGAAUGGGCCAAGUAUUUAGAGAGAUCAUUUAGAUGUUUGUUAAAGAGGACAAGGGAUUUACGGCUGAGGUUGCAGUUGGCGACAGUUGCCACAGGCUUUGCUGACGUCAUUGCGGGCUGCUUGAAAGCAUUGGAUCGAGUCCCGGACAAUGGGGGGCCACUUGUGUUGAGGAAAGGGCAUGGCGGGGCCUACCUUCCUCUUAUGUAAAGAUGUUGUAAACCGGGACGGGAAAAGACAAACACAGAUAUAGGAGAUAGAUCAAAAUCUUUGUGAUGAUUGGUUUUCGUGUGUUUUUUUGAUUGAGGGGUUGUGUUUGGUUGGUGUAAUUCUUUUUGUACAUCAGUUUGAGGAAGUUUAAGAAACAUCGUGUACAUCAGUAGUGAUGUUGAAUAUACCAUUUUUCAAUGCACUAUAAAUACCCUUGCAAUAAAAGCUGAGUUACUUUGGGUC